UAUUCAAUGGCGUCUCGUUGCAGCAAAAAGAUAAUAAUCAAAAUAUGAUAAUUGAUAACACAUAAAAACAGUUUUUGUUCGUCGUGUCGUAUAAUAAUAUUAAUUGAAUUUGAAAAUAAAUAAAAUAGGUAGGUACUUCGAAUUAAGAUACAUCCGUGGAAAUUAUUAAAAUAAAUCAGGUAAUUUAUUUAUUAUAUUUGCUUAAUUUAUUAUAAACAUACUGUUUUUGAAAUUAAACAUUCUUAUAACUAUGUAAAAAAAUGGCAACUAAUUCAUGAAAACCUUGUAUUUUUUAUUUAGAAAAACAUAAACGGAAUUACCAAAUAGGUAGUAUGAAUGGUAAAUUAAUAGAAUUUUUAAAGUCUAAAUGAAAUACUGCAAACGAGUGCUAGAUUGGUAAAUACGAUAUUAAACAUAAAUAUAUUGCGAGUUCAAAUUAUUAAGUCCAAAAAUGUAUUAAAAGAUAAAACUAAACACUUAUCACAUACAAAAUAAUUACCUAAUUAAUAGUGGUUCGAAUAUGUAUGUAAUCAAAAAGAAGUGAAAAUUAAAUGGACCAGUUAUCAAAACUCGGAUUAUGAUUUUACCGCCCAUUUUAGUCCGGACAGAAAAACUUAUAUAAUACUAAAUAAAACUAUAGAAGAUGGUUUACAUCACCAUGGGGAAGAACAGCAUUGUUCUCGUUAUACCAUAAAUUAACUUUCUUCAUAAAAAUCAUGCUUCUCAAAGAAUACUAGCUUUACAGUUUAUUAUCAAUUUUAUUUUUAUAUCAUAUAACCCAUAUUAAAUGCAAUAUGAUUAUAUUAUUAUACUAUGAUUACUACUAGUUAACAGGAAAAUUAGAAUAAGCAAAUUAAUAAAUUCAUAAAACAAGUAUAAAAUAGAUGAAUAUAGUAAGGUAUCAUGGUUAUUUGGUACUAGAUGUCGAUGUCUAAUGAGUACAGUCAUUUUAUUGCUUUGUCUGUUGUUGCGUGUAACUCAGUUAAGAUUCUAUGACAUUUCUUCUUUAUGCACUCAUUUACUUUAUGUUCCAUCAAUUGCUUUUUUGCACCACAGUCGCAUUUAGGGUCUACCUUGAUUUUCCACUUGUGCAAUAAGUAGUUACACUGACCUAGGCCUGUGCAUAUGCAGUUCUGCUUGGUCCGCAAUCUACGGGGAAGGUCCGACCCUGGUGGUUUACUUUAUACUUUACCCACUAAGAAUCCGUUAGUGGGGAUAUUGCUUUUCCAUUCUUCCUCCCAUGGGUCCGGUUGAAGGCAUCAAUGGUUCUUUAUUAGUCUAGCCCUCGUAAGAAAAAGGUGACGAGGCUUGAGUCUUGGCGUUAAGACUUCAUCCUCAUGAAUUGGUAAUGCUGCAUUGUUUUAUAUUUUGUCUGUGAUUCGUAAUACAGUAUUUUGCCGGCAGAUAUGAGAGUUCGAUAUUAUCAAUGCUUCAUGUUUAUAAUCCAGUUUUAACUGAACCACUUUUAUUCUUGAGUAUUUAUAUUGUCAGAAUGACUUUAGAAAAUACUAACAUUGCAAUUAUUACAAAUGCUUUAAAAACUAUACAAAAUUUGUUUUCCAGGAAAUCUGAUCGCAAAGUAUUGAACAGUUUAUCUGAUUGUAAUUGUGAAAUGCUUAACCUGUUUACAUGAUAUUAAAAGCUGAAAUUGAUCAAUAAUAAUUUGACAAAUUGUUAGAUUUUGAGUUGUCUUUUAGAUAUCUCAGAAAUAUUCUCCAGCAUUGCUUCUUGGUAAAAAACAUAUGCAAUUACAGUUGUAGAGACUAAUUUAUAUUAUCAUGUGUUAAUUAAUAUUCAUCAACUUAGAAACCUUUAAAUUUGAAUUCCUUACUCGAGUAAUUAUUAGUCAGUCUAUAUUAUGUACUCUAAAAAUAUUAGAACAUUAAAUCCUAGAGGUCUAUAUUCAAGUAUAUAGAUAUUCCAACUAAAAAUUCAUAAUUGCACACUGCCAGUUGGGACAAAUAAAAAACUUACAAGUGUACAAUCGAGUGUUUACUACGUAAAUUGAUUUUGUAUAAAAUAACAAUGACACAUUUAAAAAAACUAAGUUUUUUUAUAUUAUUGUUUACUAAUUUUAUUUUUUUAUUUCAAAGAUCAUAAUGGGUGACCGGUACAAUAUUCACAGUCAAUUAGAACACCUUCAGUCAAAAUAUAUUGGUACAGGACAUGCAGACACUACAAAAUUUGAAUGGCAAGUAAAUCAACACCGUGAUUCAUGCGCUUCAUAUCUUGGCCAUUAUGAUUUAUUGAAUUGGUUCGCAAUUGCGGAAAAUGAAGCUAAAGCAAGAGUGCGGUUCAAUUUAAUGGAAAAAACCUUGCAGCCAUGCGGUCCUCCCCCAGCAAAGCCGGAUGAAUAAAUGGUAUCUGUAAUAUAUGUAUGAGUUUUUUUUUAAAUUUAAAUAAUAAAAAAAAAAAACUAUUCUAUAUGCUCUAUGUGAAAAAAUAAUUUAUGUCUUCUUAUUUUUAAAUUUAGAAAUUUAGAAUAUUGUAGGUAUCUACAUCAUUUCUGGCAUCAUAGACUACUAUUUUGUAGGGCUGACAAUUUGGUUAAUUAAUGUUUGAAUGUACUAAAGAAAUGUGUAUUUAUUUAUACCCAUUUGCAACAAAUUCCAUAAUUUGUUGUAAAUAUUUCAUACAGGUACACUAGCAUUACAGUGCAUUUGUUUUCUGUGUGUCUUGUGCUAUAGUUGAACACAAUGCUUCUUCAUUAAAUGUCAGAUAAAUUAAAAUCUUUUUUUUGUAAAUGCCUUAUAUGAAAAAACCAAAAACUUUAAAACAAUAAGUAAAAUAAAAUAUGGAUUAACAAAAUUUAAAUGUAUGGCAGUUUAUUCACAUUAAAUUUUGCUAUAAAAUCUUUACAAUUAAAAUAAUUAUUAUUUUAGGUCUACAAAACUAAUAUAACUUGAAAUGAAAUUGAAACAAUUGUAAUUAAGUUAAUUCAGAUGGUAAUUAAAAUUUAAUGAAAAUAUAUAGUUGAAAGCUAAUGCAAUUUAAAGUUUUCUAGGGUAUGGGUGUAAUGACAGCACUCUUUGUUUAAUGAAAUAUCCACUUACUGAUCAGUAGGUCCAAACCAGUGAAUAGGACACUACUAUUUUUUGUAGCUCGCUCUCUCUACAGUUACUUACAAAAAAGAAUAGUUACUGCUACUUUUUAAAAUUGUAGUGUGCUGUUUCCAAUAUUACUAUACAAAUGUGCACGCUACUUUCCCCCUACAUUUUUUUUUUUUUAGUCCUUAUACUCAUAACAAGUAUUUGUUUUUUUUUUUUUUUUAGUAAGAUAACUUAUUCAAUAAACAAAACAGUACUAGCCAUAACAUAAUUAUGUGUCACAUAUUGUAUUCUCAUGCUCAAAGUAGUUUUCAAAAACUAAACAUUAUCUUACUGAAAAUAAGGAGUUCAGAUUUGUACAAGUAGUAUACAUUUGUAAUUUUUAUCAUGCAGCAAACCGCCAUAUCAACAAAUUUGGC